AUAUUUGAGUGCAAAAUUGCAGAUCGGUAGUUCAGUGGUACCGCGCCGGCACUUAACACUCUCGAGAAAGUGCAGAAAUUUGACAUCUGAGAAGCCCAAGGCGGAGGAGACAAAUUGAAAUGGGUAAUCCGUCAACCGAGCUCGAAGAACAAAUGGACGAAAGGGGCGAGGAAGUGGUGGAGGAAUUAAAAGGAGGGAACUUUGGGGAGGCGAUGGAAGGAGUGGCCUCAAUAGCACUUUUACCAUGUGGGUCCCUCUCCGGCCACUUCAUCCGCCGCCAGGACUCCGUUAACGUCUGCUUCGGCCUUCAGGGAACCGAGUUGGCAUGUGAAAAGGAGUGCAGCAGGGGCGAGGAUUACCGUCUGAUCAAGCUUGCAAUCAUAGAUUUCAAUAGGAAGAAAGAAAAAGUUGUAGUUGUGGAGUGCAGAGGCCAUGAUGCUGCCCGGUUGCAGAGCAUUGAUCAUGCUCAUGGUUGGGAGGAGGAUGUUGUGGAUCUAGUUGAAGACCAGCAUGGAAAGAACAAGGUUUUGGUUUCCUUUAACUGUGAGACGCUGAAGUCCGAUGCAGCAGCGGAAGAUCAUAUCAGGAAAUUUCUGCCCAAAUUAGCCGGCCUAGAUGCCGUUGUCAACAUCGGUAGGAUGACAAUUUCGGGGUUGGACUUCGAAGCGGAGGAAUGAGCGGAAUACAAUCUGAUGUAUAUAACGUACUAUGUCGCUUUGAUUUUACGUAAUCUGAUUCUGGUAUGUAAGCAACAUGAAACUGGAACACGAGAUUGAUCGUGUAUCCUUACAUUGCUAAUCUUCUCUUAAGGACGUUGCAUAAUCCGACUUUUAAUCCCGAUGUACCUCAGAUCGAAUACAGGAAAGAGUUUUAAUCA